AAUGCAACAAUUUUUGCUGCUGCUAGAAAAAUAAAUAAUUUUCUUCCUACGAAUAUAAAAAAACUCACCAAGCACUCACGUGACCUUGAUUGUUUACAUAGGAGACAGGUGCUCCGCAAAUUGCAAAAGUUUAAUUGCAAAAUAAUUGAACAAGCAGUGAUGAGGUGAGACAAUGAGAAUGGAAGACUUAGAACUGACUGGGACCCGGCCCCCUUCGGUGACAGGUUCAAGACCCUCCUCUAGAUCUUCACACCGACCCGGGUCUGGAUACCAUGUUGUUUCAGACAAAUCAAAUGUUGAUGAACUACUCUUCACAUCACAUCACCCUAGGACUGAAAAUGUGGCUAACUUUAAACCACCAUGGACAAAUACUCCACGCUGUAACACUGAUAUUGUAAGGGCUAAAAAGAUGCCUAAAAUGAAGCCGUUGCUAUGGUCACCUGGUGAGGACCGAGCUACUUUUACUAGUCAGUCAGAUAGGAAAGUUUAUAAAUCCUCAAAUAAAGGACUCAGUCAUACAGUAGAUUUAGAACGGUUGAAUAGAUAUAGGCCUGUUAAACAGAAGCCUUCAUUUUGUGAUGAAUCUUUGUUUGGACCGAGGCUAGAGGAGCCUUCUUUUGAGGCACCGUGGGCUGAGAAAACCAAGAAACAGAAGCCGUUCCUGUUUUCCCCUCUUGACUAUGCGAGAUUAACAAGAGAAGGGUCAACAAUGAGUGCUAAGUAUUCUUCAUCAGGAACACUGGAUGGGAGGCCCCCAUCUAGGCAAGGGAGGCGGCCAAAGACGGCCUCAACAAGACCUGUAACUGUGGAAUGUGCUCAAGAUAUUCAAAACCCAACUUGGAUACCAUAACUUAACAUUGCAGCUUUACAUAGAAUUAUAUCUAGAUCUUUUGUAAAAUGGAAAAAAGUCAGAUAUUUUAUAUAUGAAAUCAGAAUGGUUGGGAAAAAAGGGUAAAAUGGUUUCUUGGCUCAUAAAUAGAUUAGCAAAGUAGGUAACAAUUAAUUGCAAGUGGAAUUGCACUCAGAAGUUUUACUAGAUAACAUAUUCUUACCAGUGUUUAUAAAAUGCAAACCAUGAGCGACAAAUUUACCUGCUUCAUAUUUGAUCUCUAAGAUAUUGAUCAUAUAGGUUAUAACUAUAAAGUUGUUUGUAAAAUACAAACCAUUGUUGGCAAAUUGACAUAAUUAUAUCAUUCUUGUAUUUUAUUAAAGCUUUGACCAAGGCAUAUGGCUAAGAACGUUUAUUGGAUGUGUUGUAUGGGUUGUACAGUUCUAAAAGUUGCUUACAAAAUACAACACAAUCAGCAGUAGGAUAUAAAGUUCUAAAGUCAUUGCAGUUAGAAAAUAUCAACCAUAGAUUGUAGCUGCGAAUUUGAACCAUAAACAUGUAUGUUGCUCAUAGGGGAAGAGGGGAAUUUUGCUUUAGAUGUACUUUUUGUAAUUCCUAUGGAAACUUAACACUGUUUCAUAAUAUCACUGAUAUAUCUGAUUAUGAAUUAAUCAAGGCCUUUGUGUGGUUUUUUUUGUCUGAUUUACCACAGUUAGGUAUUUAGAUGUGCAGGAAUUGAACCAAUGGGCUAAUGCCUGAGUUGUUAAAUAUCCAAGAAUCUGAAUGAUACUAUUAGACUGACCAGAUUCAGAAUUGGUGUGACUUUCAACACAGAUUGGAUGUUUAUUAAUGCACUUGGAAUGAAGUGAUCUAAGCAUAAACAAUCAUACUAUUUAAGACAUGCUAAAAUUGGCAUAUUUAAUGAUUUCAGUGUAGUUCAUUAUCAGUAAAUAUUGUUCAUUCUGCCAUGGCUGGAUUGGUUUGUCGGUUAAACAUAGCAGGAAAUCAAGCAUUGUAUAUUCUGCAAUAAACAAUGAAUUUGAUGCAAAAACCAUUGAGUAACCAUUAUGACAUCAUGACAUCAAAUUUUGGUGCAUGAUGCGACUUCAACGAGCAUGUUACUUCAACGAGCAUGUUACUGAAAAUACAGUUGAACUUCAUUCGCUGCAGCUCAUCUGGUCAAGCAAAGUUGGUUUGAAUUAUCGGCAGUUUGAGCCAAAAGUAUACAUUUUAUAAAUAUUUUGUCGAGACCUUAAAGGGAGUUGGAGCAAUGGGUGGUGUACAAAUUAUCUGAGUUCAAGCAAACAAAGUUUGACUGUAAUUACAUAAAGGGCCAUUUUGUCUUUUAUUGUCUGAUUAAGCACAGUUCAUUAAAACCUGCAUGUCUGGUGUUUAAACAAUAGUGGUAUUUCAGAUAAUAAAGUCAUCAUGAAGUCUUUGUUUGGAAAGAUUUAUUAAAUAAACAUCUUUAAAUAUUAUUGUAUGUAUACUAUGAGUUUGUAUACUAUGUAUGAGUUUGUUAAAUUUUAUAAAGAAGAAAUUUUAAUUUUUUUUUCUACUAAAUUCUUGCAUCGUAGAGCUUGUGCUUGGGAUUUAAUAAACGUUUAAAUCCUUUAUUUUAUAUUCAGGUUGCGGCUUUGAUCAGUAUAUUGGUGUAUGGGAAGAGGGUCGAUCAAAAUGAGAUUUUUAGAUUUCGAAUUAACAAGUUUGUAAUAAAUCAUUGACUGAUCUUGGAAUUUAGGUUCAUACGUAGAUGUUUGAUAUCAGUUUCGUUUCUUUAUGAAAACUAUGUUUAAGAUGGCAUUGCAUGUAUUGUUUGAACUUGUUUUCAUUCAACAUACCUCAUAAGUGUUUUAUUUAAUCACACUUGUUAAAAAAUAUUCAAAACCAUUGUACAUGUAAUAGUAUUUCACAUUGUUUUAUCUACAGUAUUGUUAAUUUAUAUACACUGCUUUUGUACCAUGAUUAUUCUGUUUGAUAUAUAGGUAUAUAUAUGUAAGUACCUUCUUGUAGAGUUUCUCCUUAUUUUGUUAUAGUAGUAUAUAAGUUACUUGACAAUAAUAUCAAAAUGUGGAUGCCUUUUCUUGUAGAUUAGAUGGUAGUGUUCUCUGUUAAUACCUUACUUUUGGUUUCAACUUUUCUUAACUAGGGGUUUUCCUUUAUUUCUCUGUAAAAAAGACAUACUAAUAUCAUACACCAUUCUUAAGAACUGUAAGGGAGGUAAUAGAAAACCUUAAAAAUUGUCAAUAUCAUCACUAUAGCUUUCAGUUAUCAUCAAAAACAAUAUUGAUGAAAACUUCCAGAUUUUAUUCACACUCAUGUGCUACAUUGUAUUCUUCAUAGCACACAGCUGAUAUCUUUUUUUCUCCAACUUUAAAACUAUAAUUGAGCCACAUCAUGAGAAAAGCAACAUAGUGCAUUUGCGACCAGUAUAGAUCCAGACCAGCCUGCCCAUCUGUGCAGUUUGGUCAGGAUACAUGCUGUUCGCAUUCAAACCCAAUUGCAAUUAGGGAAUCCCUUAGCGAACAUUAUGAAUCCUUACCAGACUGUGCAGAUGUGCAGGCUGGUCUGGAUCCGUGCUGGUCGCAAAUGCACUUUGUUGGUUUUCUCAUGGUGCAGCUCAUAUGGAAAUUCCUUCCGUUUUCAUUUCAUAGUAAUUUUUCAAAUUUUUGAACAUCAUAUUAGUUAAACAUAGAUUUCCAAUACAUUUAAAAUGUGUCUGUGUAAAAAAAGGUAUGCAUUAUUUAAUGUCAAUAUGAAAGUAAAUUAGAAGUGGCUUCUGUUGCCAAGUGAUAAAGGUCACUGACUUUGAAGCAAUUGUUCCUCAUCGACUUGGGUUCGAAACCUCCCUUGGGUAUGUGAGGAAGUCAUCAAGCUGGCUUGCAGAAUGUUGGUGGUUCUACCAAGCCAGGUGCCGGCUUGUCAUGAAAUAAGCUGGAAACUCUCCAUAUAACCUGUAAUUGUGUCAAAGUGACAAUUAACAAAACAAAAUAAAAAAAUCAUAUGAGAAUAUAUGAGGAAAUGUACAUGUAUUUAGAAAUAUUUCUUUUAUAUUUUGUCACACUAGUUAUUACUUUUUUGCCAAAAUGUGAAAUUUCACAGUGUUUUUGUUUUUUCAUUUCUGCAAAAACAUUUAAUAUUAUAAGUCUUUAUAUUUAUUUCCUUUUCGUUUUAUUGUUUUAUUUAUUUUUUUAUUUUUAUGUAACCAAGUUUUGUUUUGAAUCUGUGAUGUUAAUGCACUAUGUUUCUGACAUACACAGUUAUCCUUCAUUAAGUUGUUGGAAAUAGAUUCAGAUGUUGAAAGUUGUUUUUCACAUUCCAGAUUUACAGUCUAUUAUUACUAAAGUUUUACAUGCAAGUUGUUAUCAUUGCAAUAGUAAAAUUGUAACUUAACAGUUGUACUGAAAAUAACUCGGUUACAGUCAUGGCCCUUGUUUGACUUGGAAAUUGUUGAAUAAUUAAGCAUGCAGUCUUUUGAACAGUUGUUUUUGAGUUACAUUGUAUAUGUUGUAUAGUAUGGUACUUGGUAUCUGGUUGUAAAUCAAGAUAGAUAUUUGACUGACUGACUUUGAAGUUCCAUUCCACAUUACAUUCUCAUAAUCACCAUUUUAGUGGAUAAUAAAUUCAGUAACUUCGUUGUUGAACUUGAAGUGGUGUUUCACGAUUAUAUUUCUGUUACAUUUUUAUUGUCACAGCUUUGCUGGAUGGUAUUUGAUAUUGAGUUUACACACAUAAUUGAAACUUCAUUACUGGAGUUAAAUUUGUUUUCCACAUUCCAUUCCUUUGUUCACUGAUAUAUUAUUUGGUGUUUAAUUUUCAGUAUAAAGUCAAGGUAAUGUCUCAAACACUUCACGGUUACUUAAUCGUAGUAGUACAGAACCAAACACAUGCUAUAUUUUCAGACCUGUUUGCCAAUAAAUCCUAUGUUUAUCUUGAAUAUUUUUAAUAUCUCAUGGGUUUCAUUUCAUCAUCGUCCUUUGAUAUUUUUGUUGAUGUAACAUAAGGAUAGGUAGGUCGAUGUAUUAUACACUAAACGUGUAACAGUUGGAAUGGGAGCAUUGUAAAGAUUUAAGCUUUUGUAAAAUGUUAUAUUUAGGAUUUGGUGCAAAGAAAAGCAAUACAUAAGGAUUUUGUUUAUUAUUUUCACAUAUGAUACACAUAUUAUGUUAACAUUUUUUACACAUAUUAGAUAUAUAUUUGCUGUGUUAAAUUGAUAUAAAGAAAGAAAUCAAUUAAACAACUAAAUGUUGACCUUGCCUAGUCAAACAGACUUUGUAAAAUUGUUUUAAAGUUGAAUCCUGAAAGCUGUAAAACCACCCCUGUAACUUUGAUAUCUAAAUUAUAAUUUGAUGUAAAAUGCUAUUAGUUAUUGUAAAUAUUUAUUGUUUUUAAGAGAGGUAAAUUCAGUAGUAAAAUAAAGUCUAUAUCUGCUUA